CUCUACACGUGUCUGCAAAGUGUUGUGGAUAUUAGAAAGAGAGAGAUAUAGAUACAGUUGGUUGGUUGGUACCGUUGUGUGUUAUACAUACAGUUUGCAAAAGUAAAUAAUAAUAAUAUCUGGGGAAUUCAGUUUCAACUAAACGUGGAAAAAUGGCGAGCUCCGUGGUAGAGAACAAGGAAGCGGAACAAGUUGCAUCCUUGGAACUCCCUGCUCCUCCUGGCUGGAACAAGAAGUUUUUGCUGAAGAACGGUGGAACACCUAAGAAGAAUGAGAUCAUAUUCACUGCUCCUACUGGGGAAGAGAUCUCUACCAGAAAGCAGCUGGAACAGUACCUUAAGUCACAUCCUGGAGGGCCUGCAAUGUCGGAAUUUGAUUGGGGAGCAGGUGACACGCCUAGAAGAUCAGCAAGGAUCAGUCAGAAGGUAAAAGCAACUCCAUCUCCUGAAAAUGACCCCCCUACCAAGAGAAGCAGAAAAUCUUCUUCUAAAAAGAAUGUUGGAAAGGUGGAAGAAGCUAUCCCCAAGGAAAAUCUGGUGAAAGAAGUUGCCAAAGAAAUAGCGGGAGAUGAGCAAGAGGAUAAAAAGGUUGAAACUCAAGUUGCAGAGGAUGUUGGCAAGAAACUUGAAGAUGAGAGUAAAGAUGAAAUCCAUGUGAAAGAUGGGGAAACAGCACAAGCUUCCAAGGAAGAACCUAAACAAGUUGACGAUCUCAAAGUAAACAAGGAUGCUGAAGAGAGUAAAUUAGCUGAACCAGAAAAGGAAAACUCAAAAGAGCCCAUAGUAGAUCAAGCACCUAAUGAGACCAAUAUACCGGAAAAUGAUGACGGAUAUAAGCAGGAAGCACAGGUUCCAGAAGAAGUGGCACAAAUACCAGUCAAGGCAGAGAAUGAGGUUAAGUGUGGGGAUCAGGUCAAAGUGGACAUCACUACAGAGGAAAAGAUUGUGGAAAGUGAGGACAAAAAUGAAAAUUUUGGCUUGGGAAGUGCUAAACACAAUGAUGUAAUAAACAUGAAGUUCGAGGGAGAAGUGGAAAAUAAUGGCAGUAGCUAUGUCAGUGCUGGAGGGAUAAAGCCCUGAGCAUUCACAAAUAAUUUCUGGUCCUUGCUUUAUUUAAUCUUUAGUCUGACAUUCUAUCUUGCGGAGUACUCUGGAAAAUUGUAGUAUUGUUGUUGUCAACCAUAGAUAUCUGAAUUUAUGUGCCAUUCUUGUAAACCAUAGAUUAGCCAUUUCAGUGUUGCGAGCUUUUUCUGUAUUAGAGGGACACGUAGCAUGUGGAAUACCUAGUAAUAUUAGCAUCUUACUUAGAUCAGUCCUUUGAUGCUUUGAUCUUUCCUUGCAUUGAUCGGGACUUAGGUUUCAGACUUGAUGUUAUUGUAAUAUUAUGAAUAAGUAGUUGUAUGUUCAACAAUGAUCAUGCGAGUGGACCUUUUCCAUAUA